UCGAAACAUGGCGUCUGCGUGCUCACGUAGAGUUGUGAAGACUGUUCACAUCUCUUCUAUUAUUCCCAACUUAGUGGACGAUCUUACAAGACGUUUACCUCAAAUAACAUUAAUCAAUGUUCCUGUUGGAUGCACUGGAGAGGUGGAGAAGCUACAAGAGGCUAAAAUAUUACUGACUGAUCCAAACACUGCACCACAACAUUUAUCCAAACUUUCCAAACUUGAAUGGAUGCAGCUGACCUGGGCUGGAAUAGAUAAAGCUAUUCCAUAUAUCUUAUCUCAGCAAAACACCUCACUGAAGGUAACAAGAUUUGGCGGUGUCUUUGGUCCUGCUAUGGCUCAGUAUGUUAUUGGUCAAAUUGCCUCUUGGGAGAGGGAUUUCAGAAAAUUAUGGAGUGAUCAACAGAAAUGCGACUGGAAUACUGAUCACUAUUCUUACCGUGUGAUGCCAAAACUGACCAUUGGUAUUCUUGGACUAGGAGACAUUGGAGAGUAUGUUGCAAAGAUGUGCAAAGCUCUUGGUAUGACUGUCUGGGGUGUUGGGCGUCGUGAAAAGUCGGAUAGACAAGAUACAGUUGACCACUAUACAACUAUAUCAAGACUUCCUGAAGUUCUACAGUCAUGUGACUAUGUGUGUAACUUAUUACCAAGUACACCUGCCACAAAGUAUCUUUUAUCUGGUAGAGUACUUGAGAGUGGUAAAGACAAGCGUCCCGUUUUCAUUAAUGUUGGCAGAGGAAAUGUAAUAGAUGAAAAAAGUCUAAUAUAUGCAUUAGAUCAAGGGUGGAUAUCAGGUGCUAUUUUAGAUGUGUGUGAAGUUGAACCACUAUCAAAGGAAAGUCCUUUGUGGAAGAUGCCUCAAGUGAUAAUCACACCUCACAUUGCAGCAAUUUCAUUUCCAGAAGAGGUUGCAGAGUUGUUUGCUGAAAACCUUUUGUUGUUUGAAGCUGGGGAAAAGCUCAAGUUUGAGGUGGAUGUUGAACAGGGGUAUUGAUUAUUAAAAAUCAUCCAAUCAUCUAUCUUACUUAAUAUGGAUUUUUUUUGAGAUUGAUGUGGAGCAUGCUAAGAGUGUGGCCAUUAUGAGAGAAAACAUUAAAAAUCAGUGAUAUGUUCCAGAAGUUGAGGACAAGUUAUUAAUUAGACUGAGUAACACAUAUAAGGUAAUCAAGUAUUAUCAACUGGCAAGUGAAUUGACAACGUAAAUUGGCCAUUAUAAAGAGUUGAAAGACUGAUGUUUCAAGUGUUAGCUCUUUGUCAGAGUGAUUGAGGACUGAUAGUAAAAAAGAUUGAGGAGAGGAAAAAAGGGUAAGAGAAAGCAGACUAUACAAAUAACUGUACACACAAUCAUACUAUAAAAUAAUUCCAUACAAUCGCUCUGACGAAGGGCUAACGCUUGAAACGUCAGCUUUUAAGCUCCUGACAGUGGGCAAUUUACGUCAUCAACUCAGUUGAUAAUACUAAAUUACCCAGUUAUACUCUCCCACCGACGCAGCACCACAGUUCUUUGAGAAAUUUACCCCUUUAAUCAUGAGUAACAUAUGUAGCGAGAGCUAUUUUAAGGAUUAAUUGGGAAAUUGGUUUCAAAGUUUCAUUGGAAAAAUUUGCACAUAAUUAUCUUGAUGGAAUUAUGUGACAUGAGGUCUAUUUUGUAAUGGAUGAAACCACUGCUAAAUUUAAUGGAUAGGAAAUCAAAAAUUUUGGAACGGCAACAAAAACAGCAGUGACUCAUCUCACCUUAGUAACACAGAUAAAUAAACUGAAGGAGUAGCUAGGGAAUGUGGUCUGGAUAACAAAGUCAGGAUGAACUUGAUAUGGCUUGUAGGUCAUCACACUUUUUAAUUAAAGCAGUUCUUGACCUGACUAAUUACUAUCAUUAUUAAAAUGUGUAAUUGCU